AUGCUCACAUUGGCCAGCAAGCUCAAGCGGAACGACGGCCUCAAGGGGGCACGCUCGGUGGCCACGGCGCCCGACUCAGCACGGCGCGUGUCAGUGCGGGACAAGCUGCUUGUCAAAGAGCUGACGGUGACCCCAGAUGAGGGUUACUACCAGGGUGGAAAAUUUCAGUUUGAGACUGAAGUUCCUGAUGCGUACAACAUGGUGCCUCCCAAAGUGAAAGGCUUGACCAAAAUCUGGCACCCCAACAUCACAGAGACCGGAGACAUCUGUCUGAGUUUACUGCGAGAACAUUCGAUUGACGGCACUGGCUGGGCCCCCACCAGGACACUGAAGGAUGUUGUUUGGGGAUUAAACUCUUUAUUUACUGAUCUUUUAAAUUUUGAUGACCCACUGAAUAUUGAAGCUGCAGAACAUCACCUUCGGGACAAGGAGGACUUCCGGAAGAAGGUGGACGACUAUAUCAAGCGCUUUGCCAGAUGA